UUGUCUUAAUUUAGAAUAAAUGAUUCUCUUUGAAUGAGUUAAGCAAAUCUUUAUUUGGCAGUAACUGGAAGGAAAGUGCUGUGUGGUCCAUUUUCCCUUUACAACAGGUAGUUGAUGUGGCAAAGGUAAUGGUUGGACUGCUUUUUUGAGGUCAGAGAUUCUUUGUCCUAACUGGCUCACAACCUUGUACCAGAAAACAAUCUUUAACUAUACUCACUUCCAUUCUAAUAGUUAUAAGAUACAAGAAAAAAGCAGCAUCAAAUCAUCUUCGAAACAAUAUUGUGAUGAGAAUGGAGAAGCCACCAAUGCCCGGUACAACAACAGGCGAUUGCAAACCACUAACAACAUUUGUUCACACAAACACAAACGCAUUUAGGGAAGUAGUGCAAAGAUUAACAGGCCCCUCAGAAGCCAAUGCAACAAAAGAUCUAGAUCAAGCAACAAAAAUCACAACUACUACAAAAAGAACACCGCCAAAGCUUCACGAAAGAAGGAAAUGCAUGAAACCGAAACUCGAGAUUGUUAAACCGAGUAUUCAAAACUAUAAACAAUCUGGUGCAUCACCCUCUUCCAAGUCAAGAACUUCUAGCUUUCCUUCAAGUCCUAUAUCAGGAAGUGGAAGUUCUAGUCUUCUGCCAAGUCCUACCACGCCUUCGACGCUGUUCUCUCGGUUAACCAUUUUGGAAAAUGAAAAGAAACUAGAUGAAAUGAAUAUUGAAGAAGAAGAGAAAGCUAUCAAAGAGAGAAGAUUUUAUUUGCAUCCGUCGCCAAGGUCUAAAGCAAGCGGUUUUAGUGAACCUGAGUUGCUCAUUUUGUUUCCUUUGGCAUCUCCUAAUGCAAGUGAGAAAGUAUAGUUUUGAGGAUGCUAUCAAUGAGCUUCAAAUUACAUAUAUGAAGUUUACGGUGACAAAUAUCCUUAACGAGUGAAAUAAUGACGGUUUCGAUAAAUUUAUUUGAGUUUAUCUAUUGACAUAAUCGUGAAAUUCUGAGAAAUCUAAUGA